AAUAUUUCAUGGGUGUGAAACAAAGCAUUCAGACUUCGUUCAACGCUUUCCAUUCAUCCUGUGCUGUUUUACUGUUUGCUGUGUGUGCAGUGUGUGUGUGUGUGUGUGCAUGGAUUUCUGUACAGUGCAUGUGCAAGUUUUCUUACUGUUUAUCUAUCUGUUUACGUAGGGGUUUAUACUGUAUGUGCGCGUUAUUUAUUUAUAUCACAAAUUUGAUGAAGAUUUUGUGCCACUGUGCUUUGUGUGACAUCAGGAUAUUUGUUUUCUAGCCCUAGUCUUUGUACUGUAGUGCAGUUUAGUUCCUGCUGUGGGUGAAUGUUUCUUUUGUCGUGCACUUGGCUGUGUAACUUUUCCGACUUGAAGUCUGCUUUUACGCUCAUUUCAAGUCCCAGAGGCUCCUGUGUAACAGCGGGUUCGAUGCUUCAGCUUCUAGCGCUGCGAGUAGGACGUGCAUUCCAGCGCAAGUCUAAUCAUUACCCGUUUCCUUAAUCUCACCAGUGUGCUUUUCCGCUGUUUGGCCUGCUAGUUCACCUGCUGGCUUGAUUCAUUUAGAUGGUUAAACAUUAGGCAGAGGAUAGCAAUAUGCCUCUCCGAUGGUGUUCAUUUACGUUUUUAUCAAGCGGAAAUCUCUGCUUGUUUCCAGUUGAGAUGCAGGUGUGAGACUUUCCGUUCCUGACAGGUAAAGAUCAGUGGAUUAAUGAUGUAGCGUAUCAAUGAUAAACUGGAGUGAAAGAAGGAGAUCUGAGUUCACAAAGAGCUGAGAGCGUAACAGAGUCGUGGAGUCUAAUACAGCAGUAAGAUGGUGUUGGAGUAAGAUGGUGUUGGAGUCAGGGAGAUUCGGAAAGUGGAUCAAGACUGUCAGCAAAUACAACUCUCAAUACCACAAACUUUUCCAGAACAUUCCCAAAGAGGAGAUCCUUAUGAAAGUGUACUCGUGCGCUCUCCUGAGGGAUAUCUUGCUGCAAGGACGACUCUAUAUCUCCCGCAACUGGCUGUGUUUCUACGCUAACCUGUUUGGCAAGGACAUCAAGGUGGCUAUCCCUGUAGUUUCAGUUCGUCUGGUGAAGAAGCACAAAACAGCCGGUCUGGUCCCAAAUGGCCUCGCCAUCACUACAGACACCAGUCAGAAGUAUGUUUUUGUCUCACUCCUGUCUCGGGACAGCGUCUACGAUGUCCUCAGGAGAAUUUGCACUCACCUGCAGGUCAAUGGGAAGAAGAGUCUGAGUCUAAAGCAGUAUCUAGAAGAACCUGGCUCACUGUCAACCGAUGAGUUCCCAGUGACCAGCGCUUACCCUGCAGUGUUAAAAUGGCGCAGGAAGCCUUCGGUUCCAUCCGUCGCCUCAUCUCUCCCUGAUCUUUUAGGAAACUCCAGCAGCAGUGCAGAAAAGCCUCCAUUUAUAAGGGAAUCUCAACUGCAAGAGAGACACCUCGAGGCUGAGAAUAUUCUGCUGACUGAGCCUGUACCAGAGUUAGGACACAUGGAGUAUCAGCUUCUCAAGUUCUUCAUCCUGCUUAUAAUACUACUGAUUAUGUCAUCGUGUUACCUGGCCUUCCGUGUGUGCAGUCUGGAACAGCAGCUCUCCUUCCUCAGCACACAGCCUACAUUACCCAUGAGAGACAGAACUUUUACUCAUCGAUUACUGACCAGCAGCAGAGGAGAGAACUAAUUCUACACGUGAAGUAGGUCUUCGGGAUACGAUACAAGGUAAGCUCACAGAGGAAGCGGCUUGAUGAUGGCGCUUGUUACCCGACUUCCACUAUGGCGACUCUACGACAUCAUACACCAGCAAGACAGAGAGCCUGCGGACAACCGGACACGCCGUCGGUUCCUACAGCGUUCUUCAAACAUCAGUCAUUUCAUUUCAUGAAAGCGUUCAUGGUGCCAGUGAGAUUUGUUUGCUUAAGAAAGAUGUUACGUGAAGGUCUUCGCUUUGGAAGGUUAGGAAAUGCAUUUUAGGUAAGAUGAAUCAUUUCACCCACAAAAAAGAUGGAUUUGUCUUUGCAAAUGCCCAGAAGAGUGGAAGAACUUGGAUGGAGAGGAUGAAGUUUCAGUGUGUAGUCAGAGAUUCUGUUGUGUUCUGCUGUUGGAUGAAGAAUGUUUUGUGUGAUUUAGUUUUUGUGAAAGCCAAUUCAAAAUUACAGACGCGGCAAUGCGACCGAACGGACAUGUAGCGUUUCAUUGCGUGAUUAUAUGCCUGUCAGCUCUGCUUUAGAUUUACUCCAUUCCAAGUUGCUUGUAGUGAUGUACUGUACUUGAAAUUUCACAGGACGUAGGAGUGCGUAGUUUUUAAAGUGAACGAGAAGCUCGGUUUAAAGACGAAUAGGUGCGAUUUACUCUUAGUACAGAUUUACUAUAUUUAUUUGCGAUAUUUUGUACAACAUAGUUUUUUCCUCGUGAAGGAAAUAUGGUCACAUUAUACAGCAUAGAUUUUUAACUGUCAGACAAAGCAGUUAGGCAUCGUUGACUAAUAAACAGUUUUUAACCUGU